AUCACGUUGCCAAAAUAAUGGAUUUAAAUACCGUUCUGUACUUCAGAACCAUUUGCGAAAUGUAUGGUGUUAAAAAUAAACUAUUUCGCAAUUGUCAGUUAAUUUGUAAGUCAUGAAACAUGGGUAAAGUUAGAGCGUUCACGAUAAGUUUUGCAAAUACAAGUGGAAUAUUUUAUCCUGGACAGCCUGUUCAAGGCGAAGUACUUGUUCAAGUUCAAGACGAAGUGAAAAUAAGAGAGAUACGAUUGGAGUUUGGUGGCUUUGCGCAUGUCCAUUGGUCGGAGAGUCAUGGAAGUGGGAAACACAGGAGAACAGUUCAUUACAGUUCAAGAGAAGAAUACUUCAAAGUAGUUGUUCCAUGUUUAUCACCACCUCAUGGCGAAGAAAAAAUGAUGUUACAACCAGGCUCCUACAGGUAUCCUUUUCAAUUCCAAAUACCACCAAGUAGUCCAUCAUCGUUUGAAGGUGGAAUCGGAAAAGUAAGGUAUUAUGUAAAGGGGACUAUGGAUAAACCGUGGGCUUUUGAUGUGGAGGAUGUCAGAAAUUUUACAGUGCUGAACCUUCUCAAUCUGAACCCAAUACCUGAAGCGAAACAAGGACAAGAAGCUCAAGAUUCCAAAACGCUGUGUUGUUUGUGUUGUGCCUCUGGUCCAAUUUCGGGCAAACACAACAUACCCGUUUCUGGUUAUGUACCAGGGGAAGCAAUUCAGAUAAACGCUGAAUUAAUCAACCACAGCAACAGAAAUUGUGAAAUAUGGAUGGAACUUGUACAAUCUAUCAGAUAUAUAACUGCAAGAAAAACUAGAACUGUGAACACUGUUGUGCAAAAAACUACAGCAAAGACAGUAGGCAAAGGUGACUCAGAUUACUGGAGAGGGGAACAGAUGACAGUACCACCGUUACCAUCCACUGGCCUUCAUGGCUGUAAUAUAAUAGACAUUACGUAUUUUUGGGUUUUGGUUUGUGAUCCCUCGGGUCCAGCUAUCAAUUUGAGAGUCAAUAUUCCUAUUAUAAUAGGCGGAAUUCCACUAGUUUCUGCUGCUCAACUGUAUGGCAAUGUCAAUCCCAUGAAUACUGGAACUAGCUCGUUUCCAUCACCAUUUCAAGUCUUUCCAGAAAAUGUCCCGCAACCAGUAUUUGCAUCAUUUUCAACUGGGAAUCAUUUACAGAACCCUGGACAGGCUGACAACACGGUAGCGCCAUCUGGUGACAACCAACAGGACGAUAUGUUCACACCUCAGUAUCCAUACUAUAAUUGGAACACGUACGACACUACAUUCAAACCAACUUCAUUCUAGAUGAAAGCUGUAUUGUAAUGGUCUUUUCUUUGAUUAUAUAAAAUAAUUCCUUAAAAAGUGACACUGACAGGCACCUGGCAAUUAAUUUAAGACUUUAAAAGCAAUGUCUGUGAUAUUAUGUAUUUUGAUAUUAAUUUGAUGCAUAAAUAAAGUUUGUUAGUAAUGGAUUUGCCAUUUAACCUA